UACAUCGAUAAAACUAAUUUAAAAGACGUGGAAGUCAGUAAUCCAUCCAACUUUUUACCACUUGAAACAAUAUAUUUUGGUGCAAAAACUGAACUAUUAAUGGACCAGGAUGAAUCUGACAAGAGCGAACUUCAUAAUUUUAGAUUAAGAGCCCUAGACUUCUAUAUAGAGUUGUCAAUUCAAAUUAAAAAAAGAUUUAAUUUUGGUGAUCCCGUGUUAGAUUUUUUUAAAAUUUUAAAUCCGGAAGUGGCUGUAUCUGGGAAAGUAGGAAGCAUUGUAAUUCCUGCUAACAAAUAUUUUCCAGAUUUAGUUAAUGAUAUUGAAACUUUAAAUACUGAAUGGAGGAUGUUGGCUGAACUAAGUGAGAUUAAAAAUAUUGACCUAACUGAUCCUGAAAUUUUUUGGUCAAAGAUAUUUUCCAUGAAAAACGAACUUAAUGAGCAAAUGUUUCCAAGUCUAAAAAAAUUAGUAGAAGGGUUACUUUCGCUUCCCCAUUCAUCAGCCGCUGCCGAACGAAUGUUUUCACAAGUUACACUUUUAAAAACAAAAUGUAGAAAUAGAUUAGAAAUAGAGACCUUAGAUAGCAUUUUACAUGUAAAAGAAUUAUUAAGUGAGCAACCAUGUUAUAGUUGGGAACCUUCGGUGUCUUUAUUAAAAAGGAAAAUUGACUACUCUGGAAUAGUGGAAUAAUGACUUUUCAUUACCCAACUACUGUUUAUUUAUUUAUUAAAAGUUUAUUGUUCUGUAUAUUAUUUAUGUAAUAUACUUACAUAGAUAUUUGUUAAUGUUAGUCGAUAGCUCUGUUGACUGAUUAAAAUUUUUAAUUAGAG